ACAAAUAAUUAUUUUACAGAGUAACAGAAUUGAUUGAAGAAAUGUGCCACAUUCCUGUGGCUCUGGAAUUUCUCACCUGUGUGCUGCUUUGGUGUUUGGUCAUGUUUUAUACCUCAACUACCAUGGGCUACGACUUGUUUAGCAUCUUGAUCGUGGUCCUUUCCUCCCUGGUGGAAGCCUUCGGCUAUGCCUACCUGGGCUCGGAACUAUCCGAGCAGGCUGAGAAGGUUGGCGUGGCCUGCUACGAUUUGCCCUGGUACGUGAACUGUUCGAAGGAGCUGAAGGGAACGUUCCAACUAAUGAUUCAACGCAGCCAAAAAGUUUGUCAGCUUACUGGGAUCAAAAUGUUGCCAAUCGAACUGAAGACAUACGGAGACAUCUUAAGAUUGUCUUAUUCAUACUAUUUGAUUUUAAAGGAUCUUCUGGAUGCAUUUUGAAAAAAGCACCAUUAUUCUGCGUUUUAUUUCAUAAA